AUGGAUCCACAAGGCUUACCACCUGGAUGGUCAGUUGGUUAUGACAGUGUCACUGGUUUCCCAUAUUUUAUUGAUCACAUCAAUAAGAUUACUACAUGGGAAGAUCCACGAAAGUCUAAAAAUCAGUUAAAUAGCUCACCAAAUUUACGAUCUGUUCCAAAUUAUUCAUCUGAAAAUCUAAAUCUGCGUAAUAAAAUAACAAAUAACUUGAAUAACAAUGGUCAAGUGGUAAAUCAUUCGUCGACUAAUUGUAGUGAAGAGGAUAUUCCUCGUAAAAAACAAUCGUACUAUGAAAAUGCUAGUGAACCGAUACCUAUUAAGGUACAUCCUGUCACUUCAUCCUCGUUUGGUGGAAAUGACAACCAUCACGAUCGUCAUCAUAAGCAACAAGAUCAAAGGUAUGAGCAACAGGCACAACCGUUCAAUUCUUCUUCUGAUAAACCUAAUCAUCACAAUGAUGAAGUUCCAUCAUCAAUACCUGUUAAAAUAGCAGAUGAUAAUACUGAGAAUUCAGAUAACAGUGAAACAACCAAUCAUCAGUCAACACCGUUAGAUCCAAUGUCUCUAAUAGAACAAGCACAAAGUGAACUGGAAGAAGUAAAAGCUGAAAUAAACGAAUUUUUUCCUUCAUUUAAGGAUAAAAAAUAUCUGUUUCUCGAGGACAAACUUGAAAAACUUACAUUACGUUUGGAUAAUAUUGAUUCUGCUGGUGAUUCAGCGAUACGCAAUAAGCGCCGUGAAGUGAUAUUGGCUAUUCAAAAUGUUCUUAAAAAUUUAGAGGAUAAACUAGCCAAUAGUAGAUCGUUAGUAAAACUCCAGUCUAAUGACGAUAAUCAAGAAGGCGAUGCGCAACUUACAGACAAACAUGUUAAAAACAAUAAGAAUACGGUGGGUAAAGAUGACGUUCCGUCGUUGGCUGACUCUGAAGUAGAUUCACGAAAAGAAGAUUAG